AUGGAUGGACCUCGCAUUGCUCAUCCACCGACGCCCAGGCAGAAAGAAGAGGUGCACCUCGUAGGGGCUGAUUAUGGGUCGGUGGAAACGAGAAUUGGGCAACUCAGGGACAUUGCGCUGAGACUAAAUUCAUUCGAUGCGGUGGUUAAAUUACUUCAACCAAAGGCUGUAUUCUCGCCGAAGGCUACUUUCCCUCGAAUGCGUUCGGCGUUGGGUAGCUGGACAGCAACGAGGUUUGCUGCAGCGGGGAGCCGUCACGGCCAAUAUCUCUCGAACUCUCGCACCAUUCCAGGAAGGAAAUAA